AUGAAAAACUUUGUUACCAAUGUCCAGUUUUACCAUGAUCCUGGUUAUGCGGAGACGGGCGGGAAGGUCAUUCUUCAUACGACUGCUGGUGAUAUUGCCAUUGAGCUUUUCUCAAAGGAAGCCCCUAAAGCGUGUCGAAAUUUUGUGCAAUUGGCCCUAGAGAGACAAUAUGAUUCAACUAUUUUUCACAGGGUAGUUUCUGGUUUCAUUAUUCAAGGCGGUGAUCCGACUGGGACUGGUUUUGGUGGUGAAUCAAUAUAUGGGGGUCCAUUUGAGGACGAAUUUCAUUCGCGUCUUCGGUUUGUACGUAGAGGACUUGUUGCAAUGGCUAACACUAGCAAGAACGAUAAUCGUAGUCAAUUCUUUAUCACAUUGGAUAGAACAGAUGAAUUACAGAAUAAACAUACUAUAUUCGGAAAGGUGGUAGAUGAUACAGUCUUUAAUGUAUUGAAAAUUGGUGAACUUGAAACCGAUGAGAAUGAACGACCACUCUAUCCACCAAAAAUUAUUUCUACUGAAGUGAUAUGGAAUCCUUUUGAUGACAUUGUGCCACGUAUAACUUUAGAAGAGACAUUAGCACAAACGGUUGCCAUUUCACAGAAAGAAGAACCCCGUAAAAAAAAACCUAAAAAAAACAUUGCAUUAUUAUCAUUUGGCGAAGAAGCACAAGAACUUGACGCUAAUGAUGAUCCUAGCAUGAAAAUAAAAAGUAGUCAUGAUUUGGUGGAAAAUGAUCCUCGAUUAAGUAAAGAAGUUGCUGUAACUGACUUUAAACAGAAUACAACAGAAAUCGAAAAGGAAAAACCUGAAGAAACUAGAGAUAAGAUACAUAAAAAAACGGUGAUGGUAGAUGAGAAUUCUGCCGAAACAUUUGAUCGAAAAAUGAAAGAAAAUAUUCGACAACAUCAUGAAUCUAUGAAAUCGGAGGCUUCCAAAGAGGAUAACAGCGAGCAACAAUUAUCUAAAAAGGAUGCUAUACGUAAGGAAAUCGAUCAGGUGAAACAAGAUAUAAAAAAAUUGAAUCGUUCGAGGGAUUCUGAUGAUGAUGAACCAAAGAAAAAAAAACAAAAAACCUCUUUUAUGGAGGUUGAAAAACAGAAAUAUUUAUCAUCUGGAAAAGCUAUUGCAGCUAAAAGGCAGAAAAAAUCUGAAGAGGAGACGCUGAAGAAGUUGAAAGAUUUUCAGUCCAAACUUUUUACUGCGGAUCCGAAAGAUGAUAAACCUGUAACGAUAAGUGAAAAUGCAGAACUAUGUAUUCUUCAUUCAGUUCCCAAUUGCUUAUCUUGCCAAGAUACGUUUGGACAACCACAAACAGAGGACACUGAUGAAGGCUGGUUAUCACAUCGUCUUGUAUUUGAAAAAGAUUAUAGAGGUAAGGAUUUAAUGCAAAGGAGGGAUGAUCCGGACGAUUAUGUGGUUAUCGAUCCUUUAGAGAGGAAAAAACAGGCUAUUGAACAAAACAAGGAAAAACGAGCACAAAAAACUAGAG